AUCUCGAGAAGGAGAAACGCGAAAACACAAAACGCGACCACGAAGCGUAGCUACAGGCGAGCUAGACAAACAACUCCAGAGGCAUAAACCAUGUCGGCCCUCGCAGCAUCAGACGACGAACAGCUUUCUCCAAAAGAACAACAAGUUCUCGCUGAAUACGAACGUCUGGUAGACAACCUCGCGCAACUCAACAAGGCCGUUCAUACACUCUCGCAAAUGCCAGCAACGCAACUUCUGGAUAAUCUACGCGUUGUUGAGCGCAAGACGGGGUUGGUUUUUACGUUGUUCAGGUCGAGUGUCUGGCAAAUCUUGGCGGAGCAGACGAAUCUCAAUAUAGAUGAGUCGAUGGAAGAUUGAAGGGCGCGUCUGGGUUUGGAUGAACCAACGCAGGCAACGGUACAAUACCGUGCACAAGUACGCAACUGGCAUCAGGAACUGGUAGAUCGCGCUCUGUGUCGCAGAGACGCGCGCGCCAUGCUAGGACGCGCAAGAAGGGUGAAAGACUCAAUGUCAGACCAAAGUGAAGCCACAAGCGACGCACCGCGCUUCGCGUCAUGACUUUGCGCUGCACUGGAGGCUGGAGCUCUCUGCAUACGAAAGGAAGGGCAACACGUUGCAACAGACUACAAAUAGGUGGCGGUCAAGUGUUUGCUUUCACCUGCAUAGAUCCAUACAACGUCUGCGAGGCUUCCAUUGCCGGAGAGCACACCAACGGAC